GCGCUGUCCUGGAGCAGCGGCUGCACCUGAGGCGCGCUCUGGACUGCUGGGGGCCGCCGCCUGGCGCUGCGCCACGUGCUUUGAUUCGUGCUGAUGUCAAGUGGGUGUGGGCUCCUAGGCAAGGCCCAGGCGGGGACGGGGAGGGCGCGCGAUGCGCCGCGGGCGAGCUGAGGCCCGAGCGCGCUCCGUCGCCCAGCGCUGCUGACCAGUGGCGGCCCCGGCUUGCAGAGCGGGCGCAUGGAGUGGAGGAGCUGCCCGACCCGGGACGCGUGCCCCUCUGGUCUUGGGGGCAGGCAGGGGCCGCCGCGGGGGGCCUGCAGCCAUAACCAGCAGACCACAGCAUUCAGGCAUCCUGUGAGUGGGCAGUUUUCUCCAGAAAACAGUGACUUUAUUCUUCAAGAAGAGCCAAAUCCACAUAUGUCGAAGCAAGAGAGAAACCAAAGACCGUCCAGCAUGGUCAGCGAAACGUCCACCACUGGGACCACGUCCACCGUGGAGGCCAAACCCGGCCCCAAGAUCAUCAAGUCCAGCAAUAAAGUCCACAGUUUUGGGAAGAGGGACCAAGCCAUUCGGAGGAACCCCAAUGUUCCGGUGGUGGUGAGGGGCUGGCUGCACAAGCAGGACAGUUCUGGGAUGAGGCUGUGGAAAAGGAGGUGGUUUGUGCUUGCUGAUUAUUGCUUGUUUUACUAUAAAGACAGCCGAGAAGAAGUGGUCCUUGGGAGCAUUCCUCUGCCCAGCUACGUCACAUCGCCGGUGGGCCCUGAGGACCGCAUAAGUCGCAAGUAUUCCUUCAAGGCUGUGCACUUGGGGAUGCGAGCGCUCAUCUAUAACACCUCCACCGGGGGCUCCCAGGCCGAGCAGUCGGGCAUGAGGACCUACUACUUCAGUGCCGACACCCUGGAGGACAUGAACGCCUGGGUCAGGGCCAUGAACCAGGCUGCGCAGGUGCUGUCUCGGUCGUCACUGAAGAGGGACCUGGAGAAGCUGGAGCGGCAGGCAGUCCCCCAGGUCAACCACGCGGAGUCCUGUCGUGAGUGUGGCCGCGUGGGACCCGGACAUGCGAGGGAUUGUCCUCAUCGCCGCCAUGAGGACUCCUAUGGCUAUGAGAGGCGGGAGCAAGAGGAAGAACGGUACCGUUCGCACGCAUCUGAGGGCAGGAGGGACAGGAGCAAGACCAGGUCCCCGUACUCGCCAGCUGAGGAGGAUGCCUUGUUCGUGGACUUACCCAGUGGCCUGAGAGGCCAGCAGGCACAGCCCCAGAGGGCAGAGAAGAAUGGCAUCGCAUACGGCCCAGGAGAGCAGAAUGGGACGGGCGGAUACCCGCGGGCCUUUCCUCCCAGGGCCAACCAUGAAAAGCACAGCCAGAGGAAGAGCAGCCUGGCCCAGGUGGAGCACUGGGCAAAGUCCCAGAAGGGGGAUGGCAGGAGCUUCCCCCCGGACCAGACCCUUCCUCGCCACGGUCCCAGCCAGCCCCUGUCCUUCCCAGAAAACUACCAGACUCUUCCCAGGAGCACCCGUCACCCCUCGGGGGGCUCCUCGCCUCCGCCCCGCAACCUGCCGAGUGACUACAAGUACGCGCAGGACCGAGCCAGCCACCUGAAGAUGUCGAGCGAGGAGCGCCGGGCACACCGCGAUGGCACCGUGUGGCAGCUCUACGAGUGGCAGCAGCGCCAGCAGUUCCGGCACGGCAGCCCCACGGCGCCCAUCUCCCCGGAGUUCCCCGAGCAGGGCCGGAGCAGGAGCAUGCUGGAGGUGCCCCGCUCUAUCUCCGUGCCUCCAUCUCCCUCGGACAUCCCUCCCCCGGGACCCCCGCGGGCCUUCCCACCCCGGCGGCCACACACACCAGCAGAGAGGGUCACGGUGAGGCCACCGGACCAGAGGAGGAGUGUGGACAUCUCGUUGGGCAGUUCUCCCAGGAAGACAUGGGGCCACACCACCAAGAACUCCUCGCACGUGGACCGACGCUCCAUGCCCUCCAUGGGUUACAUGACCCACACUGUCAGCGCUCCCAGUUUACACGGAAAAUCGGCUGAUGAUACCUACCUCCAGCUGAAGAAAGACCUGGAAUACCUGGACCUAAAGAUGACAGGCCGGGACCUUCUCAAGGAUCGAAGCCUGAAACCAAUGAAGAUUGCCGAGAGUGACAUUGACGUCAAACUGAGCAUCUUCUGUGAACAAGACAGGAUCCUCCAGGACUUGGAAGAUAAGAUACGUGCCCUCAAGGAGAACAAAGACCAGCUGGAGUCCGUGCUGGAGGUGCUUCACAGACAGAUGGAGCAGUACCGAGACCAGCCCCAGCACCUGGACAAGAUCGCCUGCCAGCAGAGGUUGCUGCAAGAGGACCUGGUCCACAUCCGGGCGGAGCUCUCCAGAGAGUCCACUGAGAUGGAAAAUGCCUGGAACGAAUACCUGAAGCUGGAGAGCGACGUGGCGCAGCUGAAGCAGACCUUGCAGGAGCAGCACCGAAGGGCCUUCUUUUUCCAGGAGAAAUCGCAGAUACAGAAGGAUCUCUGGAGGAUUGAGGACGUCACCGCAGGCCUGAGUGCGAACAAGGAGAACUUCAGAAUCCUGGUGGAGUCGGUCAAAAACCCUGAGAGAAAAACAGUGCCUUUGUUUCCUCACCCGCCUGUGCCUUCACUCUCGACUUCUGAGAGCAAGCCGCCCCCGCAGCCCAGCCCUCCCACCAGCCCUGUGCGGACCCCUCUGGAGGUUCGGCUCUUCCCUCAGCUGCAAACCUACCUGCCCUACCGACCUCACCCGCCCCAGCUGAGGAAGGUGACGUCUCCUCUUCAGUCACCAACCAAGACGAAGCCCAAAGGUGAAGACGAGGCACCUCCCAGGCCCCCACUCCCUGAGCUCUACAGCCCGGAGGACCAGCCCCCGGCCGUGCCGCCUCUGCCCAGGGAGGCCACCGUCAUCCGGCACACUUCCGUGCGGGGCCUCAAGCGGCAGUCGGACGAGAGGAAGCGAGAUCGGGAGCAGGGGCAGUGUGUGAACGGGGACUCGAGGGUGGAGCUCCGGUCCUACGUUAGUGAGCCCGAGCUGACGACUUUCGGUGGGGACGUGGCCCAGCCUCCCCUGGGGCCCGUGGGCUCUGAGAGCAGGUACCAGACGCUGCCCAGCAGAGGGCUCUCGGGGUCCACAUCAAGGCUCCAGCAAUCGUCCACCAUUGCGCCCUAUGUCACCCUCCGGAGGGGUCUGAAUGCCGAAAGCAGCAAGAUGACCUUCCCUAGACCCAAGAGUGCCUUGGAGCGUCUGUACUCAGGGGACCACCAGCGGGGCAAGAUGAGUGCGGAGGAGCAGCUGGAGCGCAUGAAGCGGCACCAGAAGGCCCUGGUCCGGGAGCGCAAGAGGACGCUGAGCCAAGGAGAGAGGACGAGCCUGCCCUCGUCUCGCUACCUCAGCCACCCGCUCCCUGGAGAUACUGGCUCAUGGAAGCGCGAGCAGGACUUUGACCUGCAGUUGCUGGACCGCGCCGUGCAAGGGGAGAGGAAGGAAGAGGAGGAGAAUGGCUGGUUGAAAGUGCAGGCCGUGCCUGUCACUGAGUUGGACCUGGAGCCGCAAGACUAUGACUUGGACAUCAGCAGAGAGCUGUCCAAACCAGAGAAGGUCUCCAUCCCUGAGCGUUACGUGGAUCUGGAACCUGAGGAGCCGCCCAGCCUGGAGGAGCUGCAGGCGCGGUAUCGCAAAGCUGAGAAGAUCCGCAGCAUCCUCACCCGGUCCAGCAUGUGCAACCUGCAGCCGGCCUCAGGCCAGGACCGGAGGAACAGCGUGGCCGACCUGGACUCACAGAUACAGGAGCAGGAGCGCAUCAUCAACAUCUCCUACGCCCUGGCCUCUGAGGCCUCCCAGCGCAGCAAGCAGGUGGCAGCGCAGCAGCUGGCCCUCCUCCCGCCUAAAGGCCCCCUGUCCUCCAGGACGGUGCCACCUUACCCCCCCUUAAGCAACGGACUUCACUACACCUUUGUCUAACACCUUCCAACCCAGGCAGCGACUGACCCGUGACCAGCGUGCGGAGGAGAGGCCUGCAGCCAGGGGUCCUGUGGAACCAGCUUGCUCCGAGAGAAGACUGAGUUUUCUUCCCCCAAGAAAACCCCUCCCAGCUGAGCAGGGGUUCUGGCUGGGGGAGGGGGCAGCCCACCAGAUGGGGGUGUCCCCCACAGGGCUGGGUCCCCCACCCCCGCCUCGUGUUAGGUGACUCCUUUUGACAUGACAGACGCACUUUUGAUACACACUGUAAAAUGCUGACACUGUAUUUUAGAAUCAGAAUAUAUUUUCUAAUGUUCACCUCAAGGGCUGAGUGGCCGGAAAGGCGAGGGUGCAGGAGGUGGGGGCUGCGCACGCAGAUUCAGGUACUGUUGGGUGGUCGGUGUGGAGGGGGAGGAAGGCAGGGCAAAGCAGAGGCAAGUCCGACACCGAUGAACUCAGGUGAAGGCUGGAUCUGAGCAGGUGCUUCCAGUGGACUCUGCCGUCAGGGUCCUGGGCCUGCUCCCGGGAAAAGAGGGGCCCUGGGGCUGCAGAGCUCAGCUGUCCCCGACCUGGCCCAUGACCGGCUCUGGAGUGGAGACUCCACCAGGACGGCACGUGGAGCCCAAGUCUGUGCCUUGGCCCUUGGGUUUGGUUUCGGGAAACAGUGAGUUCAAGAGCUUUGGCUCCCGGCCGCCCCCCCAUGAGGUUCUCUCAGCAAAGGGCCCCUCUCAGAAAGAAAAAAGUGGUUUGCUUUCAUUUAAAAAAUAUACUUUGAAAUACAGAAAAGGUGAGAGGAAGCACCUUUUGUUGUAUCGUAAGCAAUAAACUCCACACUGGGUGGCAUCUACCCAGCACUACUUGACUCCAGGCUAGGCUGGGGUCGGAAUCCGGGACCUUUGCUGGCUGCCCCUGGAGAACCUGAGUCAGCUUUCCCAGGACUCGGUCUGGUGGCCAGAGGCCUGGCAGUGUGCCCCACCGUCCCUGCUGGCUGCCAACCAGCAGGGCACAAUGGCAGGACCUUGACUUGACUUCCAGCCUCAGAUGAGGAGGGGGCUGCCAAGCCAGGCAUAGAGUUGGUGGCCCUUUAUUUAAGUCAUGAGCUCAUGACAUUCUGCAUACAGAAAGCGCUGUUUAAAGGAAAACAAACAAACGAAAACCCCCAUCCGGUGGAGCCACGCUUUAAAUGAAAAUUGGUCUUUGACUAUGGUCAGAAAAAACGUCUUGAAUAUAUUUAGGAGUUGCCGUCUAUUUUUAACUAACUCCAUAUGCUGCCAGUAUCGACGUCAUGCCAAUUGCCAAAAUAAGAUUUUAUUUUUGCCUUUAUAAAGAUUUUGUUGGAAAAAUGAAAUGAAUAUUUUGCAAGAAAAAGUUAAUUUAAAUAAAAGUGUAAUGGUUUGCAAAAAAAAUGUGAUGUACAGAUUAAAAUAUUAACCUGAUACA